AUGGCCCCGGCUGUUGUUGAACCAGCCAAUGGUUCUUACUUGCAUCGAUCACACAGCUCCAACGAUCACACAGCCGAUGCGCCGACGUCAACAGCACCGACGCCCCAAAAACGAGGGCCGAGCGUGCAGGGUCGCGCUGCAUUCGAAUUGCCCUCAUUCGAUACUAUUCCCAACUUCGACACCACUCUUUAUCUCGAUGGGCAGAGUUCCAAGAAGGCCCAAGUAGCAGAGGAGCAGCCGCGAUCGCAACCGCCCCCGACCAAAGUACGAUCGGACCCCGUGAAGUUGUCGAAGCCUCCACCCAAAGAUGACGACAAGGAAAAUGCGAGAGAUGGAAAACAAAAAGAGAAAGACAAGGAAAAGAUGAAGAGGGGCAGGAGGACGUCACUGAUUGAACGACGCAAAUCAUGGUUGCCGGCCUCGAAAAUGCCUUCAAAAGUUAAAGAGCCGCCCCUGCCCGAGAGACCCAGUACUCAUGCCGGAGACCACGUGGAUUUUGGUGCUACUGCUCCUGCUGCUUCUGCUGCUUCUGCCGCUGCUGUGCCAUCCGGCUCAACGGUAACACUGACGCCGCCACCAGAGCUUGAACGCCCUAGAACUGUCUCGGAGAGUUUUGCAACCUUUGCGAAGAAGUCAUGGAUGUCCACCUCGCGCUCUCCGUCCCCGAAGAGGAACCCAGAAACUGCCCCUCAAAUUCAGCAGCCCCCGGCACGUCCCUCCCGCAGUAGGGCAACGAGCAACGAAUCCGACAAGGGUGCCACAGAUACCUCCCGGAGGAGGCCGGUCUCGCUUCUCGUCGACACGUCAGUUUCUGCCACGCCGCGGCUCGCCGAACCUCAGAAACCCACGUCACGCGCUCUCAAUCGCGCGAGCACUUAUCUAACCAAAAUCAAGCAGCGUCCGACAAGUAUGCUUAUUAAACUGGGUUCGGGAAGUGAUUCCGACGUCAAUCUGUCCACAGCGUCUGCUACAAGCCUGGCACCGCCCAGUACCACACCUGGGAAUGAUCAGCGCAGCAGCUUCAGCAGCAACAACAACAACACUGAUAAUAAAACGAACGAUUCGAAGCCCGUCGCGCGGCCGCCCUCAAAACCGGUAACGAAGUCAGUCACAAAGGUGUCGUCGAAACCUGCUUCCUCAAAGGCAGCCUCGAAACCGGCCUCGUUUGCCGACUCGCAGACAACGGUGACAGAUGAAUCGUGGAGCGAAAUGUCUGCUAACAAGGACACGAUAUGGUCUGUGUUCAGAUCUCUCGACACCGACUAUAGCGGCUUCCCCAGCAAGACCAUGGCCCAGCGUAUGCAAGUAGUACGCGUCACUCUGCUGCCUUUCCUGCGGACCUAUAUGAACCAUGUUACCAACAAGGGACUCAAUUUUGAGGAUGUCGAGCGCAGAGCGACAGUACUGAAUAAGUGGUGGGGCGGACUGUUGGACAUGUUGGAUGGACAAGGAGGUCAGGCUCUGCCAGGUGUCGACCGGCCAGUCCUUCUCGAAGCCUUGACAAUGUUGAUGAUGCGACCUGAGUGGCGACAGACGACGACCUAUUUCAUGCCCUUGGCAGACCGUUCACCGAACGAACGUGUUCGGCCCCGAUCAGGAACUCAAUCUACAGCUGACUCAUCGUUAGCAUCGAGCCAGGCUUUCCUCGCUGAGUCGGCCGAGCACAAUGUCCGUACCAUGUUCGUAAACAACCUCAUGAAGCAGAUGCAGAUUGUCGUGGAUAAAAUGUCACUGCGUCACUCUCCGUUGAGUCUGGUUAACUGGUGCGGAAAGGCUUGCGCCUACGGCUUCUUCUUUUGCCCGUCUGUUGCUGAGAUUCUUGUUCGCUUAUGGGACUUGCGUCCAGAUCUUAUUCGGCGAGCAGCUGAUGAGUUUGGCUUACCCAAGAAGAACAACGGCGAAAGCGAGGAUAUUAUGGCGCUCUUCCCGCCAAAUUUGGGUGUGCUGGGUUGGCAGUCGCAGAGAUACUUCAGCAUGCGCUUCAAGGAGAGAGUAAAGCUAUCCGUCAUGGCCGCAAGGAUUCCCUGGUUUAGCCCCUGGGUAACCAGGUGGCGCGGGGGUGAUACAGACCUGUUCUUCAUCUUCUGCAAGUACUUCCAUAUUCUGUCCGAAGAGUUCAUGCCUGAAGGCCUGCCUCUCAUCGAAAAGGCGCGUUCACCGGGCUUUGUGCUGGUCCAGACUCAGAUUCUGGCUUGUAUCGAGUCAACCAUUCACAGACAGGCUGAGGUCGACGCGAUGAUGAAUCCGUUACCAGCAGCUGAUUCGUUCUACGGUGCUGAUGCGGCGGCCACAUCAAUGACGGUCCCCGGCAACUUGCUGAAGAAUAUGGCCGAGAACCGCCUCAUUGUGCUACUAAAGGACAUUCUGGGUGAAACAGGGUCUGUUAUGAGUGCCGCGAGACGCACUUUCGCCGAGGCCUUUCUCGCCAUCAUCCGCACCGCCACCCGUCGUGUAUCUGCGUACGAUCACAGCGCCGUGUUUACACUCUGCGAUUUCUUGGAGGAGGCUCUGGUGGCCUAUGACCAGUUUGACGAUAUUUCCAACCCUAACAUCGCAGCAAGUCUCAACUGGCCGUUUUGGCUGGACGUUUGCAAGAAAAUGUUGGUAUCUGAUAACGCUAUGACAGAGGUUCGCCUUCUCUCCUUCAUCUUCUCGACCUGGGAGACGGUCACAGCGGAUCCUGAGAGAAAGAAGGCCAUUUGUCUGGACUGGUUGCUUUCUGAGGAGACUUUCGACACGUAUUUCAACCACUGGUGUCCAAUGGUGCGCGGUUAUUACAUGCGCCUGCUUUGCUGGCGGAUAUGUCGGGAUGCCGGCAGCCCCAAUGAGGUAGACGCUCAGAUUUUCCUUGCGGCUGCAUCGCGGCUAAAGACCGUCUGGGCACACUACCUCUGGCUCCGUAACACAGCUGAAGCGGCCGGAAAGUUCCCCCCAUCAACAGCACCUUGUCUACCCACCCCGGGCAAGAAGUUCAUGAUUAUCCGCACAGAGGUCAACCUACCUCAGCCGGGCUACUUCAACCAGCCUUUCGACUCAUUCUCCAAGAUCCUGAACGGAGAAGGGUCCGUGGCAACGCCGCCCCCCACAGAAACCGCUGAGGUCGCCCCGACGAAAUCUGACAACAGCAAGAAGCGUUGGUCUCUCUUUGGAAAGGUCCUGUCAUUAGGCGGCGCGGGUUCAGGCUCCGACAGCGAGGACAAUGAACCCCAACGCAAGGAAUCAUCGAUCAAGUCCCUCACCUCCCGUUCGAAAGCUCGCCAGGGAGGCCCACCUCUACCUCCCAAAAUCUCAACCUCGGCGGCUUCUACCGUGACCACAUCCUCGGACGGCAGCUCUCCUGGUGGCUCGCCAAUCUUUAUGGAACAGAAGUUUGUCUUCAAAUUUACAUUAACAUGGCAACCCCCUGCCGUUACUCAGCCACGCGACCGCAUCCUUACCCGCCCGCGUCUUCCUGCCCCCGCACAAGCAUGGGUUAAUACCCGCUCCCGCAGCGGUAGUAAUCCCCCGCCUGUGCAGGCCGGUCUCCCAGACCCAACACGGCGCGUGUCUGGUUCGAAGCAGAAGGGCCUAGUUGACGGAGCCAGAAAUGCCAGUCCAUUAAGCUCACCUACGCUCGAGCGCAAGUCUUCAGUUACAGCCGUCUCAUCAACUUCUCUCGUUCGCAGACUGAGCAAUAAGUUCGAUUUUGAAGAGAACCCUAAAGCGGAGCUGAUGACUUUCGACUUUGACGCCGCCGAAAAAUCAUCCGCGUCAUCCGUAUCCUCCACUUCCUCUACGCCAUCCUCGCCUGCGGAGAACAAGACCGAGGAAGAGCCUCAGCAACCACUGUCACCUCCGCCCCAAGCACAGACGCACCAGCCACCUCCAAGAACUCAGAGCCGCAGGUCAGGAACCGAAGCGCUGACGCAGCCUUUGCGUCCUACUGGCCUCUAUACUAAGCGUGCUGUCUACACUGGUCGCGCGCUGGCGGAGUGGAGUGUCGUCGUCGCCGAGUGCAAUGGUUUCGUCGACCGCAGACGGGACGAAGGGGUCCUCGGGCUGAGCGAUGUUGAAGUGCCGCUCCUGACUGUCGAGGGAUUCAGGAAAAUCGGGUAG